AUGUACGUCUCCCAGCUCCUCCUCGCUGUGGCCGCUGCCUCGACUGCCGCUGCCGUCAACAUGGCUCCGCGCGAACCGACACCCACCACGGCAGCCGCGCACGUCGCCGGCCGCGACCUCGCAGAGUGCUCGUCCGUCGCCGCCGACGUGCUGCCCCAGCUCACGAGCGCUCCCACGCCCGACUCGGACCUCGCGCGCUUCAUCCUGACCGAGCCAGCCAUCCUGUCAGCCGAAGACCAGUGCGCCGUGCCGUCCGUCACGGGCUCCAUGGCCUCCGAGUUCACCAGCUACGCGAGCGCCCUGCUGGCCUGGCAGGAGGACCACAUCGGCGAGUUUCGCAGCCUGUGGCAGGCCUGCAGCGACGUGCCCGGCAUCCGCGACCAGGUUGACCUUCCCACGGGCUCCGGCUCGUGCGCCAGCCUCGCGGCCAAGAUCACGGGCGUGGCAGAGCCCGCGGCAACGGGUACGUCGGGCAGCGACGGCUCGCCUGCCGCAACGGACGCGUCGGCGUCGCAGUCUGACAAUGCCGCGCCGCGUGCAUCGGGACGCGCGCUUGUUGGCAUCGCGGCGGGUUGUCUCGCCGCUGUUGGUCUGAUGUACUAG